AUGAGUGGAAUUUCUCCUAAAACUAUCAUCACAUAUCAAGAUGUUGUUAUUAGUAAUGCAGUUGCAAAGGUAUUUCCAAAGGUUAAUCAUCAUUAUUCCAUGUGGCAUAUUGAGAAAAAAGUUCCUGAGUACUUGAAUCGUGUCUAUCACGAACAUGGUGAAUUUAAAGAUCAAUUUUACAAGUGCAUCCACCAAUCUACCACUGUUGAAGAAUUUGAUUCUGAUUGGGAAGCGAUGAUUGAUAAAUAUGGAUUACAAGAUAAUCAGUGGCUAAACAAGAUAUUCUCCAUUCGAGAAAAAUGGAUUCCUGCUUAUGUACGUCACAAUUUUUGUGCAGGAAUGUCUACCACUCAAAGGAGUAAAAAUAUGAAUAAAUAUUUUAAGGAUUUUUUGAAUUCAAGUACUUCAUUAAGCCAAUUUGUGACACAAUAUAAAAAAGCUCUUGAUGCACGUUACAACAAGGAAAGAGAGAAGACUUUCAAAACAAGAAAUUCAAAGCCACUUUUACGAACUUUAUAUCCCAUGGAAGAAGAAGCUUCAAAAGUUUAUACAAGAAAAAUGUUUAGAAUAUUUCAAGAUGAGUUGGUUGGUUCUCAAUUAUUUAUCACAGAAAAGGUUAAGUUUUCUAUUGAAGUCUCAACGUAUAAAGUUCGUGAAAUUUACAAAGAGAAGCCUAUCUACUAUGUGAAUUUUCAUGUCACUUCAAAAGAAGCAAAUUGUAGUUGUCACAUGUUUGAAUUUUCAGGUAUUCUUUGUAGACAUGUAUUAUGUGUAUUCAUAAAGAAAAAGGUUUAUUGUCUCCCUUCACAGUAUGUUUUACAUAGGUGGUCUAUUAAUGCUAAAAAAGAAAAGGUAAAAGAAGUGACAAUUGUAGGAUUUCAAGAAGGAAGCAACAACGCUUCUGACACUUCAUUGUUUAAUAGUAUUAUGGUUCACUCCAUCGAACUAUCAGAAAAAGGUUCACAACCCGAAAAACAUCACGAUAUUGCACUUCAAAGUUUGCAAAAUGGGAUUGCAAAACUUGAUUUAUUGGAUAUUGAAGAGUCAAAUAAGAAGUUUGUUGAUUCAACAUCUGAAGAUAUGCCAAAAUUAUAUGAUGUUAAUAUAGCUUUGCAUGACCCUCCACUUAUAGCAACUAAAGGACGUUUGCGGGCUUUGCGAAUGAAAAGCGGUUUGGAGAUGGUCAGAAAAGGUUCUUCUACUUGUAAUUAUUGCAUGAAAAAUGGUCAUACUAAGCCUAAAUGUUCAAAUUUAAAUCAAACAAGGUGA